AUGGCGCUUCUAGCGUUUGUCACUGUUGGUUAUUGUCGCGUUGAUUUGACACGAAUUCGAGGGCUCUGUUCUGUGACUUUGAUGGGAGAAGAAGCGGUUUGUGUCCAUGCAUUAGAAGAAGGAAGGAAGGAAAACAAUGAGGAACCAAGGACGGAACUGAAGCGUGACUACGACCAAUGCGUUACUGAUGCCGAGCGUCAUCUGUUUCCUCAUAAGAAACAAGCCAAAGAAGUUUCCAACGAUGAAGUGCGCUCUGAGGUUUCUAACCCCAACGUUACUGCUGCAGAGCAUGCGCUAACUUUUCAAGAUAUCAGUAGCCAACCAACUAUAUCCACGGAUGUUAAUCAUGCAGAGUGUGGUGAACUGACGUCUACUUGUUUGGAGAAUUCAAGUUCUGACGAGACCUUGAGUGAUGAAGCCGGUGAACAGAAUACUACUACUACUAUUACUACCAAUAAUAAUAAUAAUAAAUCUCAGUGUGAUAAGGACACGAGUAGUGCUGCAAUGACAUCCUGUGUUGUGAUGGAAAUCCCUAAGCAUGCUAGUUCAUCUGGGAUCAGGAAAAUUACUUUUAAGUUCAGUAAAAAGAAGGAGGACUAUGGUUACCAGCCACCUGCUCCUGUGCAACGUUCUGCUCAUUAUACUGAUGGCAAUCACAUUGGUUUUCAUGGGGUUGAUGAAUAUUUGGCAAGGGACGAUUGUAGUGGUGGGUUGGUAGAAAGCCCAUGUGGAAUGGGAUAUGUUCGUGAUGGAGAUUUGGACCUGUAUGCUCGCAAUAUGGAAUUGAAAAUGUCCAAGAAAGUAGUUCCCAACUGCUACCCUACAAAUGUCAAAAAGCUUUUAUCAACUGGCAUCCUGGACGGAGCUGUAGUGAAGUAUAUCUACAAUCCUGGAAAGGUUGAGCUACAGGGGAUUAUUGAUGGUGGUGGUUAUUUGUGUGGCUGUUCAAUGUGCAAUUACUCUAGAGUUCUUAGUGCGUAUGAGUUUGAGCAGCAUGCUGGAGCCAAGACAAGACAUCCAAAUAAUCAUAUAUUCUUAGAAAAUGGAAGACCGAUAUAUAGUAUUAUACAGGAAAUAAAAACUGCUCCACUCAGUAUACUAGAUGAGGUUAUAAAGAGUGUGGCUGGUUCAUCUGUGAAUGAGGAGUCUUUCCAGGUUUGGAAAGAGAGUCUUCUCCACAGUAACGGCAGGGUUCAGGCUCAUAAAAAUUGUAGCACCAAACUCGUUGGCAUGUCUCAUACAAACAUAAGUCAAUCUGUAGAUAGUUCAAGCCACUUGUCAUCUUUGCAUCCACCAAGUCAUUUUGAGCAGCACAAGUAUAUGAAUCAGAUAACUGACGAAUGGAAACGAGUGGUGAAAAAGGACAAUGAUUUACAUAGGUUACUCUUCAUGCCAAAUGGGCUACCUGAUGGUGCUGAGUUGGCUUAUUAUGUCAAAGGACAGAAAUUACUUGGCGGUUACAAACAGGGAUGCGGUAUAGUCUGUGGUUGUUGUGAUAUCGAGAUAAGCCCUUCACAGUUUGAAGCCCACGCUGGAAUGGCUGCUAGGAGGCAACCUUAUAGACACAUAUAUACGUCCAAUGGAUUAACACUUCAUGAUAUAGCUCUCUCAUUGGCAAAUGGUCAAAACCUUACCACGGGAGACAGUGAUGAUAUGUGUGCAGUAUGUGGAGACGGAGGAGAUUUGAUUCUUUGUAACGGAUGCCCUAGGGCCUUUCAUGCAGCCUGCUUGGGUUUCCAGUGUGUUCCAGACAGUGGUUGGCAAUGUCUAAAUUGUAGAGAUAAUGCUGGUAAUGGAAGAGAAUCUUCUAUUGUGAGGCCAAUUAUGAUCCGGUUGACACGGGUUGAUAAAACACCAGAAUUUGAAAUGGGCGGAUGUGUUGUUUGCAAGGAACAUGAUUUCAGUGUUGCUAAAUUUGAUGAGCGAACAGUAAUAAUUUGUGACCAGUGUGAGAAGGAGUAUCAUGUUGGCUGUCUGCGGGACAUUGGGCUCUGUGAGUUGGAAGAGCUGCCCAAGGAUAAGUGGUUUUGUUGUGAUGACUGCAAUCGAAUAUAUGUGGCUCUACAGAAUUCAGUUUCUGCUGGAGCAGACAUUAUACCACAUACCUUGUCAGAACUAAUAAUCAGGAAGCAUGAGGAGAAGGGAUUAUCUACCUAUGGUUCCAAGAAUGAUAUCCAGUGGAGAAUUUUAAGUGGAAAAAGUCGUUAUCCAGAACAUUUACCGUUACUUUCACGAGCUGCUGCCAUUUUUCGAGUGAGUAAUUAUGGCUUCCAAGAAUGUUUUGAUCCCAUUGUUGCAGUAUCUGGUCGUGAUCUGAUUCCUGUUAUGGUCUAUGGGAGAAAUAUUUCUGGCCAAGAGUUUGGGGGGAUGUAUUGCAUUGUUUUGAUAGUGAAUUCUGUUGUAGUAUCUGCUGGGCUUCUGAGGAUUUUUGGCCGUAAUGUUGCUGAGCUUCCACUGGUUGCUACAAGCAGAGUACAUCAAGGAAAAGGUUAUUUCCAAGUGUUGUUCUCUUGCAUAGAGAGGUUGCUGUAUUCUCUAAAAGUUGAAAAGCUGGUGCUUCCUGCAGCAGGAGAUGCCGAGUCAAUUUGGACUAAGAAAUUGGGCUUCAGAAAGAUGAGUGAAGAUCAGUUAUCCAAACAUCUCAGAGAGGUUCAGCUAACCCUCUUCAAUAAAACAUCAAUGCUGGAGAAGACAGUGCAGCAGACUAUAGAAUGA